AUGAGGAGCAUAGCUCUGGUUUUCGUUGUUACUGUUCUGAUCCAUGCGAUCUUCUCUUUGGAGAUUUACACAAAUAGCUGGGCUGUGCACAUACCCGAUGGCUCUGUAGAGGCAGAACGUAUUGCACAGAAAUUCGGUUUCAUCAACCUUGGGCAGGUGGUGCUUGGCAGUGAUUUCUACCAUCUAUCUCAUCGUGGCAUUCAAAGGAAAUCCUUCAGCCCUCACUGGGGUAGAAAUAUUCAGCUGAAAAAAGAACCCAAGGUUAGCUGGUUUAAGCAGCAGACGCUGAAGAGAAGGGAGAAAAGACAGCCUGAUAUGGUUCCCACAGACCCCCUCUUCAGCUUGCAGUGGUACCUGGGUAAAAAUCUUGACUUAGGCAUCCAGACUGCUUGGAACCGUGGAUAUACCGGACGAGGCGUGGUGGUGACCGUUCUGGAUGAUGGGCUUGAAAAGGACCACCCCGAUCUCGCAUUAAACUAUGAUCCGGAAGCGAGUUAUGAUUUUAAUGACGACGAUCCUGACCCUCAGCCCCGAUAUAACUCAUCUAAUGAGAAGAACCACGGGACCCGCUGUGCAGGCGAGGUGGCUGCGGUUGCCAAUAAUGAUAUCUGCGGCGCUGGAGUAGCAUACAACGCUAGAAUAGGAGGUGUGCGAAUGCUGGAUGGGAUAGUCACAGACAUUGUUCAAGCUCAGUCGUUGAGUUUGAACCCACAGCAUAUUGACAUUUAUAGCGCCAGCUGGGGUCCCCCUGAUGAUGGAAUGUUUCUGGAUGGACCAGAUGAGUUAUCUUCUGAGGCCUUUUACAAUGGAAUACUAAAUGGCCGCGGUGGCCUUGGAUCUAUCUUUGUUUGGGCAUCUGGAAACGGUGGCAGGGAUGACAACUGCAACAGUGACGGCUUCUCCAACAGUAUCUACACUGUUGCUGUUGGGGGUGUCUCAAAACAUGGAACAGUCCCUGUGUACAGUGAGGCGUGUGCAUGCAAACUUACAAGCACUUACAGCAGCAGUGGUGGUGAGGAAGAGACUUUUAUCACCACUGAUAUACGCCACACGUGUACAGAUCAACACACCGGGACUUCAGCCGCCACUCCACUUGUUGCCGGGAUCCUUGCUUUGGCAUUGGAGGCAAAGAGCACCCCCAAAAGAGUGCAUUCAGAUCUGAUUUUGACUUACAAUGUCACUGCCUGUUCUGGGUCCCCCAAUCACAUAACAUCCCUUGAGCAUGUCCAAGCCCAAAUGUCCCUCAGCUACAGUCGCAGAGGUGACCUGGAAAUCUAUCUUACCAGUCCUAUGGGCACCCGUUCUGUGCUGAUGGGCAAGAGACCACAUGAUACCAGCACUGAUGGGUACAGAGAUUGGUCCUUCAUGACCACACAAUCUUGGGAUGAAAAUCCAUUGGGCCUUUGGACCUUAGAAUUUAGGAACAGAGGAAGCUACACCAACCACGGAUUUCUACGUCAUGUCACGUUGAUUUUGUACGGGACAGAUGAACACAUGAUGUCCAGGAAAAUCAAGAAGUCUGUCAUGAGAAAGUGUCUGAGGCGGGAUAGAAAUGGGUCGUGCAUAGAAUGUUUGGCACCAUAUUAUACCUUUGGAAAGCUCUGUCUAUCUUACUGCCCUGCCAAAUACUUUAAGUCUACGCAGAGAGCGGAGGUGUCAGAGCCCAGCAGCUUUCACCUUGUUCGUUCUUGUGCCGCUUGCCACCCAUCCUGCUUUACGUGUAAAGGGUCGUCUGCCAAUAAUUGCACUUCCUGUUCCCCUUUAUACGAAUAUAAUGGAAAAGACAACUCAUGCGUAAGAUCUGACUCCCCAAGUGUAGACUUACAGAACGCCUCAUUCAUCCGGAUCCCUCAAACGACAUUAGUGGCAGUGAUAAUGAGUGCGGCCAUUGUAAUGGUUAUGGGACCGCUAAUGGUUUUCAUUCACUGGUAUCUACGAAAAAGAUCACGAGUAGACCCCAGUCCCGUCUGAUGGGCAACCACCGUGCUCUAAAUCAGAUCUGGAAUCUGCGCAGGGACCCAACCUGACGCGGAUAGCA